AUUUUAAUUUCUUUUCCUCUCACUGGUCUGAUUAGUGAAGUCCUGAAAGAUGUAAGCAGAAUGUGUAUAGGCGAUUGGAGAGAGACGUGUGUGUUUAUUUUCAGUCUCAAACUCAAUACAGAUGUGUCUCAGAGGUGUGCAUUAGAAUACAACAGCUGGAGGAGAGAGCGAUUUUUACAUUUAAUACAAAAGAAAGGCCUCGUUCGUUAGCAUGAGAGUCUUUAGUAACUGCUUUCUCCUAGAGUCAUGCUGGAUUAAAUGACAACUGAAUUAAUUUGGAAAAUAUCUGGAGGAGCGAUCGGAGUCGACAUUAUUAGCAUGAAGCAGAAGAGUGAAAGAAAAAACACUAUUAUUUACUCAUUAAUGGGUAAUGCAUUAAAAGGUACGUUUUAAAAAGAAAGUAAUAAGAAGGAAUUAACUGGACUUUCUCACAUUUCAGCUGAACACUGCUGAUCUAGAUUUUGUAAUUGGGGUAUUUUUCAUGCAGAUCUGGCAACCCUGAGUUUCUCACGUCAGAGCUGAAGUUGGAGAAGUUGGAUGAGACUCAAAACCUGUGGAAACAGCAGAAACUCAGAGGAAUGACCGCUGUGCGUUAGAGUAAAGCUUCAUUUCUACUUUGGUCACCACUUUUUCACCUAUUCUGGAAUGAGAGUGGAGUGAGCUGCUUGCUUUAUCUGUUAUUUUCCUUCUUCUUUUUUUUUCUUUCUUUUUUUAAAAGCAGAGUGUUGGUGUUCCAUUGAUGAAGGAUAGCUUUAGUAUAAAUGUGUUUUCAGUCCUGCAUGUUCACUCAGUUUGGAGAGACAGGACACGAUUCGGCAGCUGAGGACUAAACAACUUUCACACAGCAGUAGUAGCUUGGUGCUGGGAUUUGAACUCAUCACCUUCUGGUCUAGAGCCCAGAUCCUUAACCACUGAGUCACUGCGUCCAUGUCAGGAAGUUGUUUUUAUGCUUUCUGGAUUAGAAGGACGCUGGAUUUAACUCACAGACAUCUUCAUGAACCAACACAAGAUGUCAUGGCAAUAAAAGAAGUGGAUUUUAGAGGACAGAGAAAAGCUCGAAUGCCUUUCAGACCUUUAACUCGUCCCAUGUUCCUCACUGUACAUUCUCAUCUCUAUGGACGUGUGUGAUUUCCCUUACGCCCCGCUCACGCCCCCCUGCAGCCAUGUUGUUUCUGUGUGUUCUGUUUGUUAUAUUGGAUCUGGGCGGAGCUCUAUGGGACUGGAUGAAGCCCAAUCAGGUGGAGAGUGACUCGGAUCGUUUCGGCGGCGUGUUUAAACCCAGACCUCCUCCUCAUAUCAUCUUCAUCCUGACUGAUGAUCAGGGCUUUAACGAUGUUGGCUACCACAGCGCUGAGCUGCACACCCCCACCCUGGACAAGCUGGCGGCUGAAGGUGUGCGACUGGAGAAUUAUUAUGUGCAGCCGCUGUGCACGCCGUCACGCAGCCAGCUCAUCACGGGCAGGUAUCAGAUCCACACGGGUCUCCAGCACUCGAUCAUCCGCCCCCGCCAGCCGAGCUGCAUCCCGUUGAACGUGUCCACACUGCCACAGCGUCUUCAGGAAGCCGGUUACUCCACCCACAUGGUGGGAAAAUGGCACCUAGGCUUCUACCGUAAACGCUGCCUCCCGACGCGCCAUGGCUUCCACACCUUCUUUGGCUCGCUGACGGGAAGCGUAGAUUAUUACACGUUCUACUCGUGCGAUGGGAAAUCUCUGUGCGGCUUUGACCUGCACGACGGCGACUCGUUAGCGUGGAGCAAAGCGGGAAAAUACUCAACUCACCUGUACACUCAGAGAGUGCGCAAGAUUUUAGCAACACACGAUCCGUCUCAGCCAAUAUUCAUCUUCCUGUCCCUUCAGGCGGCUCAUGCUCCUUUAAAACCGCCCAAAUCCUAUAUUUAUCCGUAUCGCGCCAUGGGGAACGUCCCACGCAGGAAAUACGCAGCGACAAUCUCCAUUGUGGACGAGGCAGUGCACAACAUCACGUAUGCGCUACGCAAAUACGGCUACUAUCGCAACUCUGUCAUAAUUUUUUCCACAGAUAACGGAGCGCAGCCGUUCACCGGAGGGAGCAACUGGCCCUUAAGAGGGCGCAAGGGGACUUACUGGGAGGGCGGAGUCAGAGCGGUGGGGUUUGUGCACAGCCCGCUAAUACGAUACAAGCGCAGGAUUAGCAAAGCACUAAUCCACAUCACGGAUUGGUUCCCGACUCUCGUACGGUUGGCCGGAGGAAACAUUUCACAGAAUGAGAAAUUGGACGGUUUUGACGUUUGGCCCAUUAUCAGUGAGAAUAAAGCAUCUCCCAGGUUUGAAAUCUUACACAACAUCGAUCCUCUGCAUCGGCGCGGUUUAGGGUCACUGCAGGAAGGCAAGGGAUUGUGGGAUACGGCAGUCCAGGCGGCCAUAAGAGUCGGAGACUGGAAGCUUCUGACCGGAGAUCCAGGUCACGGAGACUGGAUCCCUCCUCAGGUGUUAACCAGCUUCCCGACUGGAUGGUGGAACCUGGAACGAGGGAACGUGGACAAGGAAAAGAAGUCGAUUUGGCUCUUUAACAUCACGGCAGAUCCGUGCGAGAGAAACGACCUAGCGGAGAACCGACCCGACGUGGUGAAGAAGCUCCUCCAGCGCCUGGCCUUCUACAACAGCACAGCCACGGCGGUCCGGUACCCGCCCGACGACCCGCGCGCCGAUCCACAGCACAAUGGUGGGGCCUGGAGACCGUGGGUGAAGGACGAGGAGAACGAGGUGAAUUGGGAGGGAGUCUACUACAGACGAGGAAGGAACCGGAAGAGGAUGAAGUGCAGGCUCUGCAAUGUCCAAUCAUUCUUUAAGAAACUCAACAAAAAGAUCCUGGCCAGUAGAAUAUGAAGAGAUCCGGAACCUUCGCACCGAGACAUCACACCACUCUACAAACACUUCAUAAAAGAGAGAAGAACCCAAAGGGCGCCUUUUAAAAGCAGACCUGGAACAGCAUUAAUAUAAAAUUCAUAUAGAAUCAAAUGUUCUAAAGGUUCUAGUUUCCUUUUUCUCUGAACAAAUGUUUCCUACAGAGGUUCUACUUGGAACAUUUUCUGAAAAGGAAACCCUCUUGUGCCGCACAGAACUUUUAAGAGUUCCUUGUUUAAACUAACCUUUAAACAUUAGCAGGAAAACUGAAAGUGUAAGAAAUCAGUGUGUAAAAAGUCUAAAUGUUUUGAUGAGGAACCCUGAAGAGAGACGAGGGCAGGUUCUGCAAAGUACACUUCAGUUUUUAGAAAAAAAAUCUUUUAAUCUUUUUAGCCUUAUUGCUUAAAGUUCCAGGUCAGGCUUCAUUCCAAAUAAGUUUACUUCUUUAGACUUGCGCUUGAGCUACGAGUAUAAUGUUGCUAGUAAUGAAAGCUAGAUUCCAGUUUAGCAUCAUGUGAACCACUUAAUCAUCGCACACGCACAUCAAAACACGCAAGACAGCAGUUUGUGUUUAAUCAGUUUUGUAAAACAGAAGCAUGAACUUUAUAUGCUUUAAAAGUCACAGAAAGUGACACAUGGAGGAUCCCAGCUCUCAGACAUCACAUCGGUUCAAAUGUGGGUGAAAGUAAAAGGGUUUAGUUUCUCUCAUAUACACUGCGAUGUAAAGACGAUAAGAAACAGAACACGAGGCAGUGAUGGAGUCGUGAACUCUUCAUCACAAUGCCUUUAUAAAGAGAGAGGAAGCAAAAAGAGGAGAGAACACUUGACCAGUAUUCCCUAGUGUGGUGAUAUCAUGUGGGUGUGGCAUUUUUUAUUCUGUAGGUGUGGCAUUUCUCAUUCUGUAGCUGUGGUAUUUUUCAUUCUGUAGGCGUGGCAUUUUUCAUUCUCUAGGUGUGGUAUUUUUCAUUCUGUAGGUGUGACAUUUUUCAUUCUGUAGGUGUGACAUUUAUCAUUCUGUGUGACAUUUCUUAUUCCAUGGGUGUGGCAUUUCUCAUUCCAUGGGUGUGGCAUUUUUCUUUCUGUGGGUGUGGCAUUUCUCAUUCUGUGGGCAUGGCAUUUUUCAAUCUUUAUGCAUGGCAUUUUUCAUUCACUGGUCAUGGCACUUUUCAUUCUGUAGAUGUGGCAUUUUUCAUUCUGUGGGUGUGGCAUUUCUCAUUCCUUGGGUGUGUCAUUUCUUAUUCUGCUGGUGUGACAUUUCUCAUUCUGUGGGAGUGGCAUUUCUCAUUCCGUGGGCGUGGCAUUUAUUAUUCUGCAGGUGUGACAUUUCUCAUUCUGUGGGCAUGGUUUUGCUCUUUAUAUGGGCGUGGUCUUCCUCUCUAACACACAAGUUUCUCAGCAGUAGAGUUACUGAAGGCUUCUGAUCAAGAAUUUUGUGAAAGCAGCCUUUGUUUCUGAGAAAUCCAAACACACACACACACACACACACACUGAUGAAUCAUUAGAAGACAAAAAAACAACAACUCAGUUCUAUCAAAGAUUCCUCUUUCACAGCUUCAGAGUCUGAGAGAACAGACGACGGUCCAAUCUGUGGUCAGAGUUUUAUUCUGAUCUCGAACACAGCAGGGUUUUUAUCUCAGACAUCUGAGACAGAAUGGCUCGAGACGAGACGAGAGGAAAUCUUUUACUCUAGAAGACUGGUGAUGAUGAACUGUCUUAUCUGAGCCUCCACAUCACCGUGGAAACGUCAAAACGGAUAAACCUGUGAAAGACUACAGAACUACGCAAUCCCUAAAACUUUAUCCAGUGAUAAUCAAGUCAAUAUUAACUCUGUGUGUAGUUGAGAAAAUGAAAGUUAGUUUGGUCUAUAACGUAUAUAACGUAACUUUGUUUACGUAAAAUGACUUUGUUUACUGGACAUAAAGAAAUAUUUUUGUUUAAUGUUGAGAAAAAUUUGUUAGCGAUAUCACGACAUAGCGAGAGUGUUUACUCAACAAUGUACUGGUACACCGCAGUUCCACACUUGUUUACAUCAUUUUAUGUAAUUUACAUAAUUAUUACAUCAUCUAGAUUUAUACAUUUAUGGAUGAUUUUUCUUUUCUUUAAAAAAGCACCACAAGUUUAUUUUUAUUACUUCAUUAUAAUUACAGUGUGUCAUUAUCGUUAACUUCUAAUAACGAUAGGAAUAAUGAUUGGGAGACAUAAUGAGCACAUUAAUACAGUUGUACUCUGUGUGUGUGUGUGUGUGUGUGUGUGCGUGUAUGUGCGUGUGUGUGUGUGUACAAUGUGAGAGAUGGUGAAUAAAGUUUUCAGAUCAGUG